AUGCACAACAAAAUUGCAGAGAAUCUUUUUGGAACAAUCGGAACGAUAUGUUGGACUGCCCAACUAAUUCCUCAGGUUUGGAAAAGCUAUCGAACUAAAUCUACUAAAGGGUUGUCCCAUUGGCUCAUGCUGCUUUGGGGAAUCUCUGCUGUCUUUCAAGGGGUUUACGCCCUCCUACAGAAGUUAAACAUUCCACUUGAGGUUCAGCCCCAGAUUUUUGUUUUUUUGUCGUUUCUCAGUUGGGGACAGUGCCAAUACUACGGUUCACAGAGAUCGUUGCGCGCUUCAGUCAUACUCACCACGAUUAUCAUUAUUUUCUUUGGUAUAUUAGAGCUCACCAUAGUUCUUGUCGUUCGUCCAUCACACAAUCGAGGAAACCAUGCCGCGGCAGACGCCUUUGGCAUUUUCGGGUCGAUUUUGGUUUCUCUGGCGUUAUUCCCUCAGUAUUGGGAAAUCUACAAAUACAAAGAGGUGAUUGGGAUAUCUAUGGUAUUCAUAUGGGUCGAUAUCAUGGGUGGCGUCUUCAACCUUCUAUCACUUGCGUUCAAAGAGAAGUUCGAUGCCAUUGCGGCAGUGACGUAUUCGUUGGUCGUCGUACUGGACGGCGUCAUUGUGGUUGCUGCCAUGAUCCUAAAUCCAAGGGCUCAUAAACGCCGACGAGAUACGCUAGGAAGAGAAAAAAAUGAAGAAAGUCACGCAUCCCUUUGGGAGCCAUCAAGGCCAGGUUCCCAACGGCCGUCUUUGGAGAACAGAGAGAGUUCAUAUUCCAACGUUGACAGAAGACCCUACAGUGACACAAAAAACAAUGAAACUCGGGACGGACUUCCUUCCUACACUGAAAGAGACCAGACUCGCGACGGCGACACACCCACGAAUGAAGCUGAGGAUGUGGACCAGCCCCCUGGUUACGAAGGCUGCUUGAGAUACAAACUCCAGAGAUCCGAGCUAGAGUGGGUUGGGAGAUGUGUAUAUGUGAUGUGCAGCAGUACCAAAGGAGCGGAAUAG